GGGGGGCGGCAGCGGCGCCGGCCUGGGGGUUCCUGCGGUGCCGCGGGCCUCCAGGGAGCGCCGGGGCCUCUGCCCGGCCGGCAGCGCCUUCCCCGGGAGGCCGCGGGCGGGCGCCCCGAGCUGCCCGCGGGCCGGCCGCGCCAGGAGCGGCCGUUCCCGUCCUCGCAGCGGGGGCCGGCGGGUGGCGCAGCGUGGGGCGAUGGUGCCUGGCAGGCGGCCCGCUCACGGCGGGCUGCAGGCAGGGCCCCGGCUUCAGGAAGGGCCGGCAGCCUGCCCUGGCCGAAGCCCCGAGGAGAGGCCUUCGUGGGCACCGCUCCGCUGGAGCGCGGGCACGCCGCAAUGCUGAACGCAGCCCUCACCUUUUCAGGAAUUUGAUCUCCGUUAUGCAUAUUUUCGUUUAAAAAAACCCCACCUCGAUACGUCUUUGUGGUGUACCGCACGCUCGAUUUGGUUCUGGGCUCUGUUUUGCUGUACUUGCAGCCACUGUCUGGCUCGGGAGGGGCACUUCACAUGACACUUCAGUCUGAUCUGGGUAGCCAUCGCAGGGAAGGCUGUUCUGGGGUGAAGGAUAUGCGUCACAUCGGUUCAGCGAAGCAGUGGCUCGCUAUGUGCUUGAGAUCUUGGAAUUUUUCUGGAGAAAGCUCCUCCAGUUUUGGUGUUCAGUUGUGGGUCGGUGGUUGUUGUUUCUGAUUGAGAGAGAUUAGUCAAGGUUGUCAAGUGGAGUGAGUCAUCCCGGCUUUUGGGGUAGAGGUGGGGGUGAAGCAGAGUGGUUUGUUGCAGUUUUUUUUAAUGAAUGCCAUUUCUGCAGAGAGCUGGGUAAAGAUAUGAUUUGGUGAGAUUUUGAUAUUUGACUGUGUCCAGUUUCCAGUGGCAGUCAUAGAUUUCUGCUCCUUUGACUUCAAUGUCGCUGGUCAUAAUAACUUACGUCUUAACUUGGGAGCGGAAGCAGGAGAAAAACAUUAACAGCACUGUUUUGGAAGCAAUGCUAAGUUUUCGAUUCAGACAGUGUUUAGAGAGAGAAAUAGUGUUUAAGCAAGUACUUGUUUUUUGGUCUGAGUUGUUUUCAUUGGUUAAUUGACUAAUUUUUAUUUUUUUUUUAGUUGAACAGAUAUAGUAAAAAAUGUUUUGGUGGAUAUAUGGCAGUAUAUGAAGAAAUCAGUUGAUAGCUUUUUGAUUUGAAAUAGUGGAGCUCUUGAACAUUCUUUUAUAGUAUUCUUAUGUUUGUACUUCUAUAGCACUGGUGUGGUCUUCUAAAUGGACAGUGCCAGUCAACAUGAAGUAAAUGAUCUGUUAGGGUUAAUGCUUCCUUUGGAAAUCUCAUGUGAAGUUGUUUUUUUUUCAUUCAUGUGCUACUCAAAAUCCCAACAAAAUAGCUAUUACACUGCAUGCUGGCAGUCCUUCUUUGUUCCAUAUUAGUAACUUUUUAACUUGCAGUGUGUUUUUACUGAUACAGUUCAACUGGUACUAUAGACGAUUCAGGCCAAAGUGAUUUGAGGUAAAGUUACUUUGACUUGCCCAGUUUCUACUGUUACAAAGUGCAUUUAUGUGAAUACAACUACUUAAAAAUGAAGUUUGGUCUUGGCCAGAUCUGCCAGCUAAACUGAGUAAUAGAGGCAUGAGAGCUUAGUUAAGAAGCCUCUAUCACCAGUCUGUUGACGAGAAAUUAUGGUGAUUAUUUAACACACAAUAAUAAAUAGAAACAGAUCAUUGCAUAAAGCAUCUCUUGGAGAACUAUAAAAUUGUUACAGUUAUGUUGAAUUUUACUUGGAAUUACAUAGUUACACUUACCACACCACAGAAAGCCUGACAAUAUUAGAAUACGUGGCUCUAUUAACUGCUUUUUUUUUUUUUUUUAAACAGCUAUGAGUUUAAAGAGUUUCCCAAUUGGUAGUUGAAAAUUUUGCGGUAAGUUAAAAAAGACUAGAUACUCACUUUGUGCUUUCCCACUGCAUGUUGCUCAUUCUGUCUGCACCUCUCUGUACCUCUUCAUUGUUUUUUAUACAUCCUCUACUGAAAAUUUCCUUAAGGGUUAGUGAAAGUUGAGAUUAAUGAAAGUUGAUUUUUUUUUUUUCUUUAAAUUACCUUCUAAAUGGCUUGAGAACCAAUCACUGGUUCGGUAUAUAAUCUAUUGAUGUGUAUCACAGAUUGAGUGAAAUAGUUGGAACUUCUUCCUGUUUUACAAAAAUACACCAGAAACUUAAAGUAGGUCUUAAAAAUCUGAGCAAAGCUGAGGCCAGAAAGUCUUUUCACGAACAACCAAGUAAUAUGAAAAAUAAAACAAAGACAUGAUGGUGAUCUGGUGACAGGCAAAGGAAAGAGUAAGGAACUGCAAUUCCUAGAGAAGGCUCCAGACUGCCAGCUUGUGCUGUAUGUAGCAGCACUGGUGUAGCAAUAGUCUAAAGAUACAGAUUCUCCAUAAAGCAUGCAGUCUGAGGUUUAAGUAUGUGAAAGAACAUAGUAAUUUGGCAAGAUGGAUAUUAGGAAAGUCUGUGCAAGGCAUCUUGACAGGAAGAAACCACAACUUUCCUUACUUAACUUCAUAAGAGUAAUUUUUUUUUCUUUUUCCCCCAUUUAUAAACUUUUUAUCUGUUUUUCAGAUACUGUGAAUAAACAUCUUUAUUUGCACGUUUAACUGAACCUGGCAUGAAUUAAAAGUGACCUGAUGUUAAAUGAAUACAAAAAAGUAAUUUCUCACUCCAGCCCCUGGAGCAAACUGCAAGUACCUGGCUGCCCGUUAUGUUUUGUAGAAUACUGGAAAGCUAAGAGACCAUGCUCCCAAAGAAACUCUUUGGGUUCUCUGGACAAUAGAGGUUACAGGUUCAGAGAAGAAGGAAACAUCACUGCAGUAACCCAACUUCUGCAUCAGUGAUGCAUUUUCCAUACGACAUCAUGAAGACAAAAACUAUAUCAAGAAAUAAUAGUUCUUAAGUCAAGUACAAAGAAUUGCUGCCUUUGUAUGCACUGAGCACAUCGGAGGUCUACAUCAGUGAUUUUUGACUUGGAGUUGAGCAUUGUCACAUCCCAGGACGACUCAGGUUCACCAAUUCCCAGUGUCUGUAGGAGUAAGCUCAAGCUUCACCUUCCAUCAUGCAACAGUUAUAAGCUUAUAUGUUAAAGACCGUCUUAUAACUGCAAAAUCCCAAAGGUACGUGAUGUUAAAGGAUUCAAGCUAGAUAGUGGAAGGGUAAGGCAGGAAGUAGGCUUCCCUGUCAAUUGUGUAUCUCAGCGAAGUGCUUAAGAUAUCUUUCUGUCUGCAAGUGACAGUCUACAUACCUCUUCCUGUAGUAGGUGACUCCAAGCAGUAGUUCCCACAAAUGCUUAAAUGGAAAUGGGUAAGGGCCUUUGUAUAGCAGCUGUACAGCUUAAAGACCACUCUGUCAAAUGAUCUCUAAGUAUUAUCUAUAGAUAACAUUCCAUAGGACUGCUUAGCAGAUGCAACUCACAGAAGUGUUUUAUAGGAAGCACACUGAUGUAGCUUGAGUUCUGAUGGAGCUCUGAUGAUAAAAGGGCUCUGUCUUUAUCAGUACCAUAAAAGGCAUCGACACAGCCUCUAGUCUGUUUUAAAACUUGUGUUUUGGUGAAGACCGUUCAUUUGGAUCAACAUGAACUGUUCUGGAUAUCUAAAGGGUCUUCUUACCAAUUUUACAAAUAGAGAACCACUUCAAUUCUGAGGAUGACAAAGAUGGUAUGUGCAGGAAGUAAGAAUUAGUGAGGCCAUAAGAAGCAGAAAACUUUGAUUCCUUAGCAGUUGGUGAACAUGGAUGAACACCAAUAUUACUUCAUCUUUACUCACCCUUUUGUCAUAAUAUGGCUAAAACUUCAGGAUCAGAGGAAUGAAAAGGAAAAUGCAGACAAUUCUUCCUAGCCUGGGAACAAGGAAUAUAUUCAGUAAACAUGUAGGGGUAAAAAGGGCCAACACUUUUCUUCCACAUUUGAAGCCAAAAGGUUGAUCCCCAUUCUGGAACUGUCAUCUAGGACUUUGGACCAUAUAUCCCACUCAGUCUCAUAUGAAAAAGAAGUCAGCCUUUCUGCCAAAGUAUCAAUGAUAACUAGGAGAUGGAUCAGUGAUAUGUGGAUUUGUCUUUAAAUAUAGUAGUUUGCAAAGAUCAGCCAGAAGAGGUGGAGGGACACUACACCACUUCACAGACUGAAGAUAACAGUUGUGGUUUUGUUUGUCAGCACACUGCCGUAACAUGUCUUUUGAUAGGGUUGCAGCAUCUUUUCCACAGCGCAUGCUGUUCUGGCUUCUGUGAGGUUUGGGAACAACCUUUCUUUUGAGAACAACCAGCCUUGCACAGUCAUGCCUGCAAGUACUUCACCAGUGCCAUAUACCACAACUGAUGAGGUAAGUGAGAUGAAAAAGCAUCCCCUUGCAGGAUGAGAGGACCACAGUAAUGUUGUAUCUUACAAGACAGUAUUCUGGAGGGGAAUACUAAUCAUGCAUAGUUGAGUCUGAAGGUGUAAACGAUAUAGUGGGGAAGCCAAACAUAAAGUUUAUAGUGAUAGAUUGGCUUGAGGCAUCAUACAGAGGCGUCACAUGACUUAGCAAGGUUAGGCAGAUUAGUCAUCAUGAUAGGAAGAAGACCCCCACACACAUGCUAUGGCAGUCCAAAACCUAUCCUGAAAUGGAAAGAUUCUCGCACGUUCUAAAGAAUGUGUGGAGCCAGGUCUGCCUCUUGUUUGUCCCUUCACCAGCCAGCUGUUCAGACCAGGAAAGGGAUACAGAGUUCCAUCCAGGGAAGAUCAGCACCACUGCCGAUAUUUAAGUGCUGCAGCAAGCCUGAGUUGAUCUUUAUUAGUAAAACAAAGGUGAUACUAUGUAGGUGAUAGACUUCAGCAACGUGGAAAUGUGUCUCAUGAAGUUUGAUUCUGCAAGGAAAGAGGAGGAUACCAAAGCAGAUAAAUAGCACUUGUGUUUGUUUUCAUGACCCUUACUUCUUGAAGUGUUUCCCUUGAGAAUUUGAUAACUAGUGCAGGUGAAAGCUGGUAGGCAGAAGAUACUCCUUCUGUGGAAGUCUUCCAUGCAGGGUGAGUCAGCAGUGGCAACUUGAACAAAAACUUGAUGCUGCAAAGUAGGGGUGUGAAGAUUCUGAUGGACUGGGACUGAAGCCCCAUGCACAUGUUGAGCUAGUGCCAAAAAAGGUGGUGAGGGUCCUGUUGCCAUCAAACUGUGGUUCAGAGGGCCAGUUAUUUUUUGCUUGAAAUUGUACAGUACCCCAGUAGAAUUGUUUCCUCCUUGUCCAAAAAUAGAAAGAAUACUAUUUUGAGGCACCAAGUCUCAAUUGUGAGAUGGAAAAGGCAAGAGAAACAGAUCUUUGAGAUUAUAGUGCGUGCUGAGGACUGGUCAAAUGCCCCAGACAAUACUACAUACUGUUGCAUUUUGAAAUAAUGUGGGCUAACAUACUAACAUCUAACGUGGAGGCGUUGAGGAUCCUGAUCGUAAGGUCAAUGAGAAAUUAUUCGAAAGUGUAAGGCUUCUAAUACUGAACUAUGUGUUGAGCCUGCCCUGAUUUUUGUGCCAUUGCUCUGAAGUACCGUAUCAAGGAAUGACAUGCAUUCUGUGCCAGAGCCUGGACAGUCCAUAGCGAAAACUCCUCGUACCUUCUUACUGAGAAUAAUUGAGAGGGUCUAGAACACUGAUGAACCCUGCCUGCGUGUUAGUAAUUUGAGGUGGAGACACUGUCUUCAGUAUGGGAACCAGGAAAUGAAGCUCAGCAGUUCUUUGAAAUUCUGUAGAGAAUCUGAGCAGCAGGGAGGCCUUUCUGCAUUAGGCUAACGUGCAUCAGAAGCUUUUCAUUUCAAAUCUGUUAGGAGAUCAGGUUCUUGCACCAUAGCAUGCUGUUGUGAUUGAUUCAGGCUGUGCUAUGAGCCCUUGGUCAACAGGUUGUGGGAAUCGAUGCUUUUGCUGUCUUUUUAAUGAAACCGUUUUGGAACUGCCACUUCCUGUUUUUAUCAGCAUCAAGUUUAAGACCUUACACCUUAUGGAUGGAGUGUUUUACCAAAUGUGCGCUAUGCACUGGGCAGGCAGAGCAGGAAGAUGAAUCUCAAGAAAAAGUCACGUAAACAUUACCAAAUGAGGAGAAAAGGAAGAUGUCAUCGAGUAUCGGCAGCAAGGCAUUCUUCUUCCCCAUGCAGUAUUAAGCACUCCCCCACACGAGAAACCUUGACAUAUGCUCAAGCUCAAAGAAUGGUUGAAAUAGAAAUUGAAGGUCGCCUGCAUAGGAUCAGUAUCUUUGAUCCUUUAGAGAUUAUCUUGGAAGAUGAUCUUACAGCCCAGGAAAUGAGUGAAUGCAACAGCAAUAAAGAAAAUAGUGAAAGACCACCAGUUUGUCUAAGAAGCAAACGGCAUAAAAAUAACAAAGUGAAAAAGAAAAAUGAAGCUCUUCCAAGCUCACAUGGUAUACCUGCUACAACAACUCCUCUUCCAGAACCAAAAGUACGGAUUGUUGAAUACAGUCCCCCUUCGGCUCCUCGGAGACCUCCAGUUUAUUACAAAUUCAUUGAGAAGUCAGCAGAAGAACUUGAUAACGAAGUUGAGUAUGACAUGGAUGAAGAAGAUUAUGCGUGGUUAGAAAUAAUAAAUGAGAAGCGGAAGAGUGAUGGAGUGUCAGUUGUUUCACAAAAUAUGUUUGAAUUCCUUAUGGAUAGGUUUGAAAAAGAGUCUUAUUGUGAGAACCAAAAACAGGGUGAUCAUCAGUCUUUAAUUGAUGAAGAUGCAGUGUGUUGUAUAUGCAUGGAUGGUGAAUGUCAGAACAGCAAUGUAAUCCUGUUUUGUGAUAUGUGUAAUUUAGCAGUACAUCAGGAAUGCUAUGGGGUGCCAUAUAUACCUGAGGGCCAGUGGCUCUGCAGACACUGUCUGCAGUCCCGUUCUCGGCCUGUAGACUGUGUGCUGUGCCCAAACAAGGGAGGUGCCUUUAAAAAGACUGAUGAUGAUCGUUGGGGACACGUUGUGUGUGCUUUGUGGAUUCCAGAAGUUGGAUUUGCCAAUACAGUUUUUAUUGAGCCAAUUGAUGGUGUCAGGAACAUUCCCCCAGCCAGAUGGAAGUUAACAUGCUACCUCUGUAAACAGAAAGGUGUUGGUGCCUGCAUCCAGUGCCACAAAGCAAACUGCUAUACUGCAUUCCAUGUGACGUGUGCUCAAAAGGCCGGUCUGUAUAUGAAAAUGGAACCUGUGAAAGAACUAACUGGCAGUGGGACAACAUUCUCUGUAAAAAAGACUGCCUAUUGCGAUGUACAUACUCCACCAGGUUGCACACGGAGACCUCUAAAUAUUUAUGGAGAAGCUGAAAUCAAAAACGGUGUUUGUAGAAAGGAAGGAUCAGUCAGAACUGCUAGGUCUACAUCAAAAGUCAGAAAAAAGACAAAAAAAGCCAAGAAAACAGUGGUUGAACCCUGUACAGUUAUGCCAACGGUAUCUGCUCCUUAUAUCCCCCCCCAGAGAUUAAAUAAGAUUAUGAAUCAGGUGGCCAUUCAGCGGAAGAAGCAGUUUGUUGAACGCGUGCACAGUUACUGGUUGCUUAAAAGACUGUCUAGGAAUGGUGUUCCUCUGUUGAGAAGGCUGCAGUCCAGUUUACAGUCACAAAGAAACACACAACAGAGAGAAGAUGAUGAGGAAAUGCAAGCCUUAAAAGAAAAGUUGAAGUACUGGCAAAGGCUGCGCCAUGAUCUUGAAAGAGCACGUUUGUUGAUUGAACUUAUACGUAAACGUGAAAAAUUAAAAAGAGAACAGGUCAAGAUUGAGCAGGUUGCUAUGGAACUUCAGCUUACUCCAUUCACUGUACUUCUGCGAUCAGUUCUGGAUCAGCUGCAGGAAAAGGAUUCUGCUCGUAUAUUUGCUCAGCCAGUGAACCUUAAAGAGGUUCCAGACUAUUUGGAUCAUAUUAAACACCCUAUGGAUUUCUCUACCAUGCGAAAACGGUUAGAUGCUCAAGGCUAUAAAAACCUCAGUGAGUUUGAAGAAGACUUCAAUCUUAUCAUAGAUAACUGUAUGAAAUACAAUGCAAAAGAUACAAUAUUCUAUAGAGCUGCAGUGCGGUUAAGAGAUCAAGGAGGUGUAGUUCUCAGGCAAGCUAGGCGAGAUGCUGAAGGAAUUGGUUAUAAUAAUGAGACUGGAAUGCACUUACCUGAACGGCCUAAACUUGAGUCACCCCAGCCUUUCUCUUGGGAAGAUGUGGAUAGGUUACUGAAUCCUGCAAACAGAGCGCAUAUGUCCUUGGAAGAACAGCUGAGGGAGUUGCUAGAAAAACUUGAUCUCACCUGUGCAAUGAAAUCCAGUGGGUCAAGGAGCAAAAGAGCAAAGCUGUUAAAGAAAGAAAUCAGCAUUAUUCGCAACAAGCUAAGUCAGCAACACAACCAAGCUCCUCAAAUAGAAUCAGGUAUUGGAAGUUUUGAAGAAGAAAGUGCAGCAUUAGAACAAGACGGAGAAGAAGAAGGAGAUAAAUCUCCCCCUAAACUUGAACCAUCAGAUGCAUUACCUCUUCCUUCAAACUUGGAGACUAAUUCAGAACCACCAACCCUCAAACCAGUAGAACUCAAUCCAGAGCAGAGUAAGCUUUACAAAAGAGUAAAAUUUGAUAAUGAAUUAUAUAGCACUUCCAUUCAGAAAGAAAUAAAUGGACACACUCCAGAACACUUACUUGACAGUAAUCUCAAUGAGUCGACUGUUUCUGCUGUAGCUGAGUCAUCAACUGAUGUAAACAGACGUACAUCCAUUCUCUUCUGCAAAUCGAAAAGUAUAAGCCCCCAAAAGUCUGCAAAGAACACUGAAACCCAGCCAACUUCUCCACAGCUAGGGACCAAAACCUUUUUGUCUGUAGUCCUUCCAAGGUUGGAGACACUUCUGCACCCAAGGAAAAGAUCAAGGAGUGCAUGUGGAGAUUCUGAGGUUGAUGAUGAGUCCCCUGUAAAGCGCUUGGAUACAGGUCUGUCAAAUGGUUUUGGAGAUGGAAGUAAAGAGAGAGCAUUAGAUGAUACUCCGGGAAGAAAAGUUGAACCUCGUCGCCGCUGUGCAUCAGAAUCUAGUAUUUCAUCUAGUAACAGUCUUUUGUGUAGCUCAAGUUUCAGCCUACCAAAGUGUGGUAAAGGUAAACCUGCACUUAUACGAAGACACACACUUGAAGACCGAAGUGAAUUGAUAUCAUGCAUUGAAAAUGGAAACUAUGCCAAAGCAGCAAGAAUUGCAGCUGAAGUUGGGCAUAGCAGUAUGUGGAUUUCAACUGAUGCUGCAACAUCUGUUCUUGAGCCUCUAAAAGUAGUAUGGGCCAAAUGCAGUGGAUAUCCCUCUUACCCAGCUCUGAUUAUUGACCCUAAGAUGCCUCGUGUUGCUGGCCAUCACAAUGGUGUUACUAUACCAGUGCCACCUCUGGAUGUACUGAAAAUUGGAGAACAAAUGCAGACCAAAUCAGAUGAGAAACUAUUCUUAGUACUAUUUUUUGACAAUAAAAGAAGUUGGCAGUGGCUUCCCAAAUCCAAAAUGGUUCCCCUUGGGAUAGAUGAGACCAUAGACAAGUUAAAAAUGAUGGAAGGACGUAACUCAAGCAUACGAAAAGCAGUAAGAAUUGCUUUUGAUCGUGCUAUGAAUCACCUGAGUAGAGUCCAUGGAGAACCAGUCAGUGACUUCAGUGAUAUUGACUAACAGAGAUUCUAUCAAGGCCUGAAAAAUACCACACAGACUUGAACUCUACUAAUGAACCUCUUUGUCUAAAAGAAUGUAUUGAAGAUACAACCCCUUGUUGAUUCAGUGGCUGAGUUCUGCAAACUUGAAAUAGUUGAGCAAUUCUUCUAAAUCACCAUUGCCAUGCUGAUUAAUGAUUUUAUCGUGUUGUAGUUUGGAGGAUUUUCCACUAAACCUGUUAAAAUGUCUUGUUCAUAGUGUUCAUAAUUGUACAUAAAUGUAUAUUCAACACUUAACUUAUUCUGAUUUUAGAAGUAGCUCUUUAAUUCCUUUUAUAAUUUUGCUGGGGAGGGAGUUGUUUUUUGUUUCCAUGCUUUUUACUUCUUUUUUUCUUUCUUUCUGAGGUUAAGUUACCUAAGCACCAUCUUCCAGCUUAAGGUGUUUAGUGGAUUUUAGAGCCUAAUAUCAAAAUGGCAUCAAAUAUAUGUUUGCCUAAAUCAUAUACAAUAUGGUGCUGCUUGUAUCAUUUCUUCCUUGGUCUGUAGCUUCUGAAAAAGACUUCUGAAUGUUUGUGUAAAUGAUCGCUCUUUGCACAAAGUACCACAUAUUUAAGAUUGAUGUAAAUUUACAAUUACAAAUAUGUAUUUUAAGAAAGGAAGUUGCAUUAUUUUGGAGGGUACUUUGUGAGAAAGACAUCAACAAAAAAAAUUAUACUAUGUACAUCACUUGCAAAUCACCAAAAACACUCCAUUGUUGCCCAAAAUAACUUAAGAUGGUUUUUGUUUUAAACAAACCUGGCUUAAAGCCUGCAAGCACAUUCUUUCUUUCAAAACCAUAUCCCAUUUAUCUCCCACUGAUUUAAUUUUGUUGAUAUGUGUGCCUCCCUGUGUUUUAUUUAUUGUAGAAAAUGUAUUAAUUUGCUUUAUAAUGAAAAAUAAAAUUGACAAAUAUAUUGAUAUGCAUUUUUAUACAGGCACAUGAGAAGACAACUUGCUUUGGGAGAAAAAUGUAUUGGAAAUUGUAUAAAAUAACUUGAUGGUUUGUGUGUAAUUUGAUUUUUUUGUAACUUGUAAUCUUUUGUUUCCAAUGAGGGGAUUUAUGUAACUUUUAAUUUAGAACACUUUGGUAGCAAUAGAAACUUUGGAUACAUUUUUGUAUGGUACAUGUGAUGUAUAUAGAAUUAGUACUUUAUUUUUAUUUUUAAGAAGUAAAGCAUUAUGUUUGGGCAGGGGGAAGAAGGAGGGUGGGUUUCCAGAACUGCAUUUUUAUAUUAAAAAGAAAAAAAAUAAAGUCAAGAUAUUGA